UAUGUUAGAGUGAGCGUCAUAUGUGUCUAUAUAUGUAUGUAGAUGAACACGUUGUAGUGAACGGUGGUGAGAAUAGCAUGAGCUACCUCAUCACUUUGUGUGUAUUUAUACCUCAAUAAACUUAUUUCAAUUCAUUGCAGUAUAGUAUUACCAUGACGGUGCUCUCGCGGAUAGUCAAUGGCAUGCAAUAUAGAAGGCACUUACCAUUACAGCCGUCUCUCUUCACGUGUUUUGGGAAAGGAUAUGGCUCUCCAACCACUGUUAUGACACGUGGACUUCGGCAGCCACGACGAAGGAUACGACAAGGUGGAAUGAAUCUGGCACCGAAUGAUCUUCUAGACGCUCCUAAUGUAAAUAAUAUGAGUCGUGGCUUAGCCAAAAGUCUGUUAUUUGCUGGAGGCUUUUGCAGCACUACAUUUCUUGCUGCAACAAUAUGGAAAUAUGAAUCACUACGAUCCCAGCUACAACACAAUUCAUGGAUGAACUGGGCAAAUAAGCAAUUGAAUAAUUUAGAAGGAUGGGAUCACAAACAAGGUGAAUUUCGAAAAGCAAUAAAUAAGUGGUGGAAUGGGCUUAGUGAAGGUCAGAAGGUGUUUUGGCCAAUUUGCUUCAUUAAUGCUGUUGUGUUUGCAUGUUGGAACAAACCGUCUUUUCAGCAGACCAUGCUACGCUACUUCUGUUCCAAUCCAGCAGCCCGUGCUGUAUGUUGGCCAAUGUUCCUCAGCACUUUUAGUCAUUUUGCAUUUUUACAUUUUGGUAUGAAUAUGUAUGUAUUACAUAGUUUUAGUUCUGGUGUGUGUGGAUCAUUAGGUAGAGAGCAAUUUGUUGCCAUGUAUCUGAGUGGUGGCGUGAUAUCAUCUCUUGCUAGUCACACAUUUAAAGUAGUUAUGCGAUGCCCAGGACCAUCAUUAGGUGCCUCUGGGGCCAUUAUGGCCCUGCUUGGUUACUUUUGUACUCAAUAUCCAAAUGCACAACUUGGAAUCGUCUUCAUUCCUGGCCUUAAUUUUUCUGCCGACACUGCUCUUAAGGGAGUAAUGUGUCUGGAUGCUGUGGGAAUGGCCCUUGGGUGGCGUGUUUUUGACCAUGCUGCUCACUUAGGAGGAGCUCUCUUUGGACUUAUCUAUGCCUGCUAUGGACCAAAAUAUAUUUGGGGUAACAGCCAACCACUGAUGAAAAAGUGGCACGAGUUAAGAAAUGAAAUUAAUAACAGAGUGGAAGGAAGCAAAACAAGAGAGGAAUAGAAUUCUCAAUGAGUUUGUGAGACCAACAAUCUACAUGUGGUUACAGUGGAUAUGUUCUCAUGUUUAUGUAGAAUAUUCACAGGUAAAUUGAAGCAACCAUAAGCUAAUUUUAGUCUUGCUUUAAUUUUGUUAUGUUAAGGAAAUGUUUUGCAAAAUUACAUUUUGUAUAAACUAUGGUUUAAAAAUUAUCUUCCCAAAUUUAUAACAAAAUUUUCACAUUUGUAACUUGGCCUAACACAGGGUGUGCUGUACUUGGGCCCCCCCAAAAAGGGGGGGGGGGGAAUAAAUAUUACUUAUAAAAAAGUAGAAUUUAUCUUGCAAUUUUUAAUUUCAUGAAUUAUUAAUUGCAUUGUUUGUGCAUGGAAUUUUAUCCAUCGUGAGAUUUGUUAAAUUAUUUGAGAAAGACCUCAACUGAACAAAUAUCUCAUGAAGUACAGAACUGGGUAUAGGUUUUCCCACUUUUUUUUGUCUGAAUACUGUACAUGUUAUCAGUCAUACCAAUUCUCAUUAAAGUGUAUUUAAAAAAUUUAUAUACAGUAACAAGACAGUCUGUUGCAAUAAAACAUUACAAUGUAUUUGCACUUAUUAAAAAGCUCAUGGUUUGAGCUGUGGGGUUUUAUAUGUUUUGUUGAGAAUGAAAACCAAAACUCAAAGGUGUUCUUGAUACUUUAAAGUAUGUGAACAAGACUUAUUUGUUUUUCCUUUUUUUAAGAUUUUAUUUCUGUCUUGUACAAGUAAUGUCUUGUAGCUUCCUGUUGUAAAUAUUAAAACAGUUUCCAGGGAAUCUGCUCGGAACUAUUAUAUGAUAGACUGCUGUGGAUUAUAACUGAUAAAUAAUAUUUCCUUACUGUGAUUUAUUUUAUCUAUACAUACUUCAUAAUGAAGCAGGUUCAAAGGUCAGGAUGAUUAACAACAUACUGCUGCCAUCACCUACACCAUUGUCAUUAAUUCAUCAUCAUCGCAAUCAUCAUCCUUGUCAUUAUCACUAAUUUUUGUGCCCAUUUGCAUUUCAAAGCUAUGGAUUUAGGGAAGGGAUCUUCCAUUCCAGACUUGUUAGAUGCAAACCGUUUCCAUAUCUCAGAGUGCAUACAGUAGCAGUGCUUGCAACACUAAUGAAUUUUGCUUGUUAGUGCCUGUCAUCACUGCCUCAUACUAAUUAGAGUUUGAGACAAAUUAGGUUUUCUUCCUUAAACCUUAAAAAGUUCAGAUUUGAAAGUAAUAAGUUCUUAAAAUACAGUUGAGAAUGAUUAGUAUACAGUGCUCAUAUGCUAAUUGUAGAGAAACACUAUGCUGCAAGUUGAUAUAUAUUGGAGAUAAUGUCUUGUCUGAAAUAGCCAUAUCAAUUUAACCGUUACAGAUGGCUAUUGUUUGUAAAGGGCAAGAUGCAGUUUUGUGAUUGCUACACCCUAGACUGUCUUAUGAGAAGGUGUAUUUUUUUGUAUUUUUUUUUGUAAUUGAGUUUGGAAUUUUCCAAUCUCCUAUAUUCAAACCUGACCUGUCAAUUAAAUUUUGUAUAAUGUAUAUAAAUAUUUUGAUUAUAAAAAUGUAAAUAUAAUUAUAUACUGUACUUAUU